GAUGUCUGCUAAAAUUUUUAUUAUUUUUGUUGUUUUUACCGUUGUUUUUAUUCAUUUAUGUUGUAUGGGGGGAAAAGAAGUUGGAAGAAAAACUUAUAGAAAACAGAAUAGCUUUCCAAAAUCUACAUAUACACCACCCCCAGGGGCUAGUGGCCAUAAUAACACGGAAGCAGAGAAAGGUAAAACUAAAAUUGAAAAUAAAGAAGAAAAACCUAAAAACAAAAGGAAGGAAGACGAGUCUGAUUUGGAGGAGGGUGAAUUUAACCCUAAAUAUUACAAAUAUACAUCAAAACAGAAAUUGUGGACUGGUUAA